AUGGGCCGUCAUCGAACUCACGUAACGGAAACUAUUCAGGGACCUCCGAACUCACGCUCAGUGCUCCUAGCUGGAGCCCAGAGUGUUCUGGAGACAACAGCAGCACGCAUCCGCAAUGAGGUCGCCAGCCUCGAUGGCGACUUGCUCGAAGAAAAGCUGCUGCUCUUGCAACAGCUCGACCACUUAGAAGCCACCUUGUCCCUGCUCGAGCGGAUACUACCGCUAGGUUCGACUGGGGAUGUAAAGGAGCUGCCCCCUGAGGAACUGUGCGAGGCGUGCCGGCACUUGAACAUGGCCGUACACACGAUGCUUGCCCUCGCACCUAAGUUUCGAGAAGCUACAAGUCACCGCUUGGUCAAGCAACUUGGUUCAGGUACUACUAGCAUAUUUGAUUGCUUUUCUCGCCGUCGCCCUCCUGUGGAACUGUCUCCCGAAAAACGGAAGAGCCGUAUACGCGUGCAGCUUGACAAGCUAGAGAAGCAGCAUGAAGAUUGCCUGUUGGAUUUGCUCCUUUCCUUUGAACACCUGACAACAGCGGAGGUCAUACCUCCACCGGAUGCACCACCCCGUUGUGCUGAAGGCAGUCGAUACGUGUUGUCGGGACAAGCGAAGCUCCAUCAGUCGCAUGCGAUGGUAUGCCAGCUUCUUCUGGAAGAAGACGACCUACUGCUUCCUAUUCUUGAGUGGCAGCUGGGCGCAGCUGCUUCAGACUUUGCAGUAGCAAGGGCAGUUCUUGAUCGCCUUCCUAGACCGCAAGAGCCUGCUAAUCCCAGCGUUUCAUCUCGGAAAGCUUACGAGUCUCCUACGAUAUACAGUGAUUGUUCUUACGCCUGCGGAAGCAUUAGAGCAAGUUCGCCUAGCUGCAGCUCUCUUCCUAAUCUCGGUGCACUGGGUCCGUGCGACCUCUGCAACUCAGGGGCAAAUUUAACACAGCUGCAGACUCCUGCUAGCGACAGGUACACCUACAUGGCAUCAGAUGGCGCAGGAAGGAAUGAAAGCGAUAAAAGCAGCAGAAAUCUUAGCCUAGGCGACGCACAACUCCCGAUGCGCGAGCCAAGUGAAACCGAGCGGGUGAUCAAAAGCGCCAACCCAGCUCUAAGUCCCGUGAAUUACAACGCCUUCUUGCCGAGGUCGAAAGAGCACCUCGUGUCGCUUCCGCAUGUCGGGCUGACCAGAGGGGACCUCACGACCGUCCGUUUGCGCACAAAAAACGGCCUUGAGAUCAUUACCUGCCAGAUCGCUUCGGGGUACUCGCUGAUUGCCAUUCAAAACUGCACCGAUAAGCCUUACAUCUCAGGUGAUGCUGCUCAAACAGCUGCGUCGGAUGGACAGGAAGCUGAGCGGGACGGUUGA